AUGGAGCAGUCGAUUAGCCAUACCAGCUCUGAAGAUCGGUUGGAGCAGCAGGAAGUCAGGCGACGCAUUGACGAGGCGAUGAACAGGAAGGUCUUCCCCCCUGCGGCUCAAAAUCCGGGGGAUCGUCACGACAACUCUCUCCUCUCCUCGCUUUUUUCGUGGCCUGUGAUCGUGUGGGUUCCUGAGUGCCUCCGUGCAUCGAAUAUACCGCACUGUAUAAUGCCAGGGUGCUCUUGCUCUCCGCGCGUGAAGGAAUACAAGCAACGGGUUGUUGAAGACGUACACACCAAGUGUCUUCUGCUCUACGUGAAAUAUCAACGCACUGGCGAAACCAAGGGCUGUUUCUCGACUGUGAACGCUGAUUACAUACAGAGUGAAGCUGGGCUACUUAUGCAUUUCCCGUUUGUGAUGUCUAAGAAAGGAGGGUUUUCAAAGGAGUUUAUGGAGCUUAUCCACGAGGGCAUGAUGUCUCCCCACGGCUUGUCCAGUACCGUGGACCACAUUCGUCGUCGCCGCGAGAAGCGGUACUACAAACUACUUUGCCUUUUCGGUGACCAAGUAGGCCAGCUCCAGCUUUCCAAUCGGACGUAUCUGGCGCCCAGUCCACCUUCGGUGGGGCAGUAUUGUUCAAAGCAAAACCCUGUUGGAGCCGAGACAAUGUCGGCGGCGUGGAUGCAGUCUACAAAUAUAUACAGCUCUCUGUGUGAGCAGGUAAUGAGCUCGUUAAAGGUGCGAAAGGCACUUCGUGUGGAUCAUUCCGUGAAGUUCUGUAAGCGGUUGAAAGUGUGGCCUAGCGGGACCGGCAAAAGAGAGAGCAUGUCGGAUGCCAAAAUGUUACUGCUCGUGCAGAAUGAAAUAGGCCAGAUUGUAGGUCGGCGGUUGACUCGGUCAGAGAAUCACGACGAGACCCGGGAGCUCCUGCUGCAUGUGAGGAGCGCAUUUUCGGGUACUGAGAGUGGAUCAAAAUACGUUAUCAGUGAUCAUGCCAAUGGAAUUCGCAAUCUAGUAUCCAAUGUUUUCGACAGCUCUGUUGGGGUCCGACAGGACCCAUUUCACGUCAUUCAACGUUUUACUGAGAACAUCAAAGACCAAAAGGUGAUGAAAACGCUGUCAAAGCAGCUUCAUGACGCAAUGUUAUCAGUUGAUGGGGCGCUACGCGAACCGACUCAGAUGUCGUCCAGAUUCCUGAAUGUUGUUGGCUCCAUAUCCAGCGAAGGUAUUAACUGCAGCGAAUCCGAGUGGCAGGGAAGCGUCAAUAGCAACCUGAAACAAAUUGAACGUGGAGAUCUGUACGUGGAAGACAACAUUUACAGAGAGGGUGGUGGUAAGGAUGUACGUGUGGUGUCCACCAGUCAGCUCGAGGGUUUCCACUCUGCCCUCAACAAGAUGCUCGCUCGCUCGGUUUCGGCCGAUAUUGGUCUACGCAUCCUCGACAUUUUUAUUUUGCAGCACAACUUGAAAGUGAGCUCUAACUACGGACGGAAUCCGCCCAUGCACCACGCUGACAUUCUCACGCUCGCACAGACCGCAACCUUGUGCCGUGGCAUUAUUGCCGAGUCGCCGCAGCUUGAAUUUGUCAAUCAGCUGCUCUCAAAACCGCUCCGUCAACCAGCCUACCGAGCAUCUACAGUGCUUGAUUACGGAUUCGAGAGAUGGCGCCAAAUUUUUGAGACGGCUCGAGUUGACACUCAGACUCUGGAGGCAAGUUUUCAUCACACCCGGCAGCACAAUGACAGCAUAAAGGAGCUCCUCCUGAAGCGAAUUGCCUUCACUGAAACCGCCGCUGGGUUUUCGUCUCAGGAGCGUGCACUUCUUCGCCAGGUGCAGACGGAGCAGAAACUAGCACGGCGAAAUUGGUCUGAAUGCCCGCUGGUUACCACACUGAUGUACAACAUCGUAGUCUCCUCAAACUCGAAUCAACGCCCCAAACUGAGACGUCGGAGCUUUGCUACACUGGCUCCGAAGAUUAACAGCUUGACCAUUAAGCCUACUCCAGGGACGAAAGAAUCCACGUCACAGAGGCUUUUCCGUUUUGUGAGUGCGGACCCAUGUUCUGAAAUUAAGCCGCGCGAGCAGGAACUUCUCGCCCAGUUGUUCUCUGCACUUCGACGGUUAGACGGAGUUCGAAAAAGACGCCAAGUAUUUGUGAUGGUGUAUGACUUCGCGAGUUGCGUCUGUACUGGCAUCCACCCAAAGACCGGAGCAGCAUUGCUCGCAAAAUGGAAUAAUAUGAAGCAGCAAGCGAACAACGCGAAGUUGAAGCUAAAAUUUAAAUUGUCGCCGGAAAUGAAAGCGAUCAUCAGCUCUUCACGAAGCGACUCCGAGAAUGGUGGACAAAUAUCCCAUUUCCGCAGUUGUUCAGCCAGUAUCAGCAGCUCCACCGUCGGCAUGAACUACUUCAACGCUACAAAUGCACACUAA